GUUCUGUCGUACGUGGCGUUCGCGUUGAUCUUCGCUGGGUGCAGCAAUAUGGCCGCCAAUGAUCACGUGGAUUGAGGCGGCCUAUGAGAUAUUGGCAUCAAUUUAACAGACCCCAUGUUCAGGGGGCUCUACAGGGGCACUAGGAAGCACCAAGAUGACUUUGCAGAUAUAAUAGAGCGGGCAGUCAGAGCCGGAGUGCAGAAGUUUAUGAUCACCGGAGGGAACCUGCACGAGAGUAAAGAAGCCAUACAGCUUGCGCAGUCCAACGAUCACUUUUACAGCACAGUGGGCUGCCACCCGACCCGAUGUGGAGAGUUUGAGCAGGGGGACCCUGAGCAGUAUUUGGCUGAGCUGCAGGAUCUGCUGGAAAAUAACAAAGGCAAAGUUGUGGCUGUUGGCGAAUGCGGCCUGGACUUUGAUCGGCUGGAAUUCUGCCCCAAGGAAACACAGCUAAAGUACUUUGAGAAGCAGUUCGAACUGGCAGAGAGGAGCCGACUGCCAAUGUUUCUGCACUGCAGGAAUGCACACACGGAGUUCCUGGAUAUAAUGCAGAGGAACAGAGACCGGUGCGUUGGGGGUGUAGUUCAUUCAUUCGAUGGCACAAAGGAAGAUGCAGAGGCCAUAAUCGGGCUGGACCUGUAUAUUGGGAUUAACGGCUGCUCAUUGAAAACAGCGUCCAACCUGGAGGUUCUCAAGUCGAUACCGAGUGAGAGACUGAUGAUAGAAACAGACGCCCCGUGGUGUGGGGUGAAGAAUACUCAUGCUGGGUCGAAGUUUGUAAAAACAACAUUUCCAACAAAAAAGAAGUGGGAAGCAGGUUAUUGUCUGAAGGACAGAAAUGAGCCCUGUAACAUCAUACAAGUGCUGGAGAUUAUGGCCUCGGCCAGGGAAGAGGACCCAUCGGAGCUCUCCAAGACCCUGUACAACAACACAGUGAAAGUGUUUUUCCCAGCAGCAUAAAGGCACAGGGAUGGACAAUAAAGGGUGUUUAUCUUGGGGGCAAUCUGCAGCUUUAUUCGCCUCUGGAUGGGACUGGGCCAGAUGUGCAGAACAGGAGCGGUACCAUUGGCCCAGGAGUUGCUUUAUACAUCAGAGAUUGGUUAUACAGCAAUAUCGCCUUACAGUAACAUAAAGAGAUUUUGGGGCUCA